GUUUAUUUUCACGCCAUCCAUAGAACUCAGAAGUUGAGGCAUCUACUGAGUCCUUCAUUACUCAUUACAAAACCUAUUCGAUUAUUUCACCGUUUAGAAUCAAGCUUAAUAGUAUAAUUGAAAAUACUGAAACUUCAUUAGUAUUCCAGUACAAUCAACAAUCAUGGCGGCCUUGGCAGCGAUUGUCGACAAGAGCUCUGUAGAUGAUAAGAGCAUUAGCCUUUUCUACAAUACGAGCAAGGCACAACUAGCCAUCUCGCUGCAGUCUAGUGCCGGUAACAACAACCAGGCUGAAGGCACUUGGGUAACGGCCGACAAUCAUUAUAAUAGAUACAUCCUGAAUCCGUCUUCUAUUGCGGCAGCCUACUACCAAGGGCUUAAAUUUGUGGUAGCCAUGACGAUACCAAAGCAGGGGCAGAGCGAGACAGGGGCGGAUGUCCAAAUAUCUCUUGUAUCGCCUAUCUGCCAAGAUCUCACAUCAGGAACGUUCGAGAACAAUCACAUUGCCUUAGGCACGACCACAGACGGGAAUCAAGGUUGGCUGUAUUAUCUCCACGAUGGUUCCGAUACUAGAAAAGCAGUGGUGGAAUUAGACCUCAACACCAAAGCCAACAAGGUCCUGGGUAGUAGUGUCCAGGCAGAUUAUAACAGCUCUUUAGCUGCUUGGUAUGACCAGGUCAAUAAGGAACGGCAUAUUAUCUACGAAGGCGGGGGGCUCCGCGACUUCAAUAUAGAUAAAGAAACUCUUUCUGUCGUACGUGCGGGCGACAUAAUCCCCAAUACGUCUAUUGCGGUGACUUACUCUGGGUCAACUAAAAAGGUGUACCUCUAUUACUGUAACGUAAAUCUGUAUAUCAUGCGAGCCGUGAUGAACGGAGAUGAUUGGGUCGAUUCUCAGCGGAUCAAAGACGCCCCCUUGGUUGCUGAGAACAGUCAGAUCACCGUUGCGCAGGCGAAUGGGUUUAAUCACGUAUUCUACAUUCCUAAGAACCUGGGUACGGAAGGGGAUGAGGAUCAGAGCCCCUUUGCUCACGUCCUUGAUAAUAUUGAUUGAUUAGUUCUUGUAAUGAACAAGGAUGAUUAAGGGACCGCAUUGUUUUAAGUUGAAAGGGCGUCGAAGUUAUGUCACGUUAGGAAGUUGGUGC